CCGCUCGGUCUAGACGGGGGUAGAUCACGGGUCGGGGCUGUGCGGAGGUAGAAACAGCAGCGGCGGCGGCGGCGGCGGCGGUAGCUGCGGCAUCGUCAUCAUCAUCAUCAACAGCAGCAGCAGCAGGAGGAGGAGACGAACAAGAAGAAGAAGGAGGAGGAGGAAGAGGAGCAGCGGAGAGACUCCAGGACUGGACACGCCGAAGCACCGCUCGGCGGUGCCGCUGCACGGCAGGGAGGUAGAAGGUGGAAAUGUGCAACCCUGCCUGCUUUUGAAGCACUUGGGUGGUGGCAGGGCCUCUUAUGGGAGGACAUCUCAAGGCUGUGCCUCGUGUGCUUCUGUGAGUGAUGAAACUACACUGGGAAAGAAAGAAAAUCAUCAUCAAAGAGCAUUUUCAACGCCACAGCGUACGCGGCUGCCAUGGGGGUGUGGGUGGUGAGCAUCGCUACGCUGACCUACUUCUGUGUGUCAUCAUUCGCAGCCAAAGAUGUGGGCUUGGAGAGCCCGCCGUUUGUCUGCGCGUGCGAAGGCAUCUGCGGCGAAGAGUCUCAGUGCAACGGGCAGCGCUGCUACUCCGCCCUAGAGCUGACCAAUGGGCGCUACGUGGAACUGAAAGGCUGCCUUCCCAAUGCCGAGCAAGUACGGCUGACUUGCAGCACCCCCGCCUCGACCAGCCAGGUGGUGAUCGAGUGCUGCACAGGAGACUGGUGUAACUCCAACCUCACCGCCACACCGCCCCCUGAUGACGAGAUCGAGGUGCUUCCGUACAGCCCGGGCACCCUGGCAGUGGUCAUCGCCGGCCCUCUCGUAGUCCUCGUGGCCCUGCUGACGGCCGCGGCGCUGCUGUGUCAAUCGCUGCACAAGCAGCGCGCCCGCCACCUGCACGCUCGCGACGCGGAGCGCGGUGCUGCCGACGGGCUCAUCACGUCCAACGUGGGCGACAGCACCCUCGCCGACUUGUUGGACCAUUCCUGUACAUCGGGCAGUGGCUCAGGCCUCCCUUUCCUUGUACAGCGGACAGUGGCUCGUCAAAUCACGCUUAUUGAAUGCGUCGGCAAGGGGCGGUACGGCGAGGUGUGGCGCGGACAGUGGCAGGGUGAAAACGUCGCUGUGAAAAUCUUCUCAUCGAGAGACGAGAAGUCUUGGUGCCGCGAGACGGAAAUCUACAACACGGUGCUGCUCCGGCACGAGAACAUUCUCGGAUUCAUUGCGUCGGACAUGACGUCGCGCAACUCGAGUACUCAGCUGUGGCUCAUCACACACUACCACGAGUGUGGCUCGCUCUACGACUGGCUGCAGCGCUGGCCCCUGGAGGCGUCCUCCUGCCUGCGCCUCGCCCUGUCCGUGGCCGCCGGCCUUUCUCACCUCCACGGGGAGAUCUUUGGCACGCACGGGAAGCCUGCCAUCGCGCAUCGUGACCUCAAGAGCAAGAACAUCUUGGUGAAGAGCAAUGGCCAGUGCUGCAUUGCCGAUCUUGGCCUCGCUGUGAUGCAUUCGCAGGAGUGGAGCCGGCUGGACAUUGGGCAAAACCCACGUGUGGGCACGGUGCGAUUCAUGGCGCCAGAGGUGUUGGACGAGACGCUACAGACAGAUUGCUUUGAUGCGUACAAGCGUGCCGAUAUCUGGGCUUUGGGGCUUGUUCUCUGGGAGAUCGCGCGCCGUACUCUCAGUAAUGGCAUUGCGGAAGAAUACCGCGUGCCCUUCCAUGACGCAGUGCCCAGCGAUCCGAGCUUCGAUGAGAUGAAGAAGGUGGUUUGUGUGGAGCAGCAACGUCCGAACAUCCCCAACCGCUGGUUCUCUGACCCGAGCCUGACAGCGCUGGCCAAACUGAUGAAGGAAUGUUGGUACCAAAAUCCAUCGGCCCGCCUGACUGCCCUCCGCAUCAAGAAAACCCUGGCCAAAAUCUCUGGAUGUCUUGACAAAAGCAAGGCUGACUGUUGAACAUUAGAACAACGAAAACUUCAAAAACAUACAGCCAAACGUGGCUUUGCAUUUUAUUCCACAAUAAUGAGCUUUUUGUAUCUCCCAGGGAUUCGAAAGUCUUGGAAGUGUUUAAAUUGCAUUUUCCGUCAACCCUGUGCCAGAAUGCAGUUCAUGUUACUUUAAAGAAAUGCAAGUUUUUUUUUUCUCGAACAGAAAUUAUAUGCUUCCCUGAUUUCUCCCCAAGUAUCGAAGUUCAACCUUGGAUUGUUGUCUCUUGAGAAGUUUGCAUAGGAAUGAAGAGAAUGCAAGUAACGAAAGGGGGAGGAGGCCGAACUUUAUAGCAAAAAAAUGUGUACGGUUUAUGAUGUGUUGCGUUGUAGAGUUUGUAACAGAUGUCAUGCACCACUUGAAUAGCUACACAAGGCUGUAUAAAAAAUAUUUUUUUCGUCCAAAAAAUUUUCCUGAGAAGGAAUCCUGUCAUAUGUGCUUUCAGUACCUAUAACCUGUAUACUUGAAAGGUGGCAAAGCAAGGUCCUUUUAAACAUUGCGAAGGUGUGUAUUUUUGAGUAAAGUCAAUGUAUAUGAUUUUGUUUGUAAUUAGUAGAUUAGGAUAAUGAAAUGCAUUGUGAUAGUGGAUUUAAUACCGUGCAGCACACAACCCCAGGGUGUUGAAUCCAAAUUAGCGUUAAACAUAUUCUCCUAUUCAAAGCUUUUGUUUCACCUGUGGAAUAACCUCUCGCUUUGUAAUUGCAAUUCACCUGUGGACUACACGUAAUUGCCUAGUUUAAAAGUCAGUUAUGUGGUUUUUGGUCACUGGAAGAUCAAAAUAAGUGGAUGUCUCAUGAAUAAUGCAACUUACAUUUAAAAAAUAUAGCGUUCUCAAUUAACCCGUGUUAAUUGCUAACGAUGCUUGGUGUGAGAGAGAGAAAAAAAGAGGUUAAUCAAAGACGAAUGCAAAAACAAAACAGAUAUAAUUGGUAUUCUUGGAUCUUUCGGUAAAGUCACGUAGAAGGACGCUGUCUUUCCGUCAGCUCUGUUCUUCACCUGAGGACGGCUGCUUGUGUUGUGGCCAAAACGUCGUGAGAAUUGUAUUGUUGUAUUAUUUCCUUUCUACGUGACUUUACUGAAAGAUCCAAGAAUAUGAAUCCCUGCAGUCACGAAAGCUUUAAAUCGAAAGAUAUAAUUGGUUCAAGAGGGAUUGGACGGAGUGGCUGGAGAAGAGAGUCGGGGGGGGGGGCAGUUGAGAGAAAGACGGCGGCGGAUUCGGAGGAGACAUCGUUGAAGGGUGUGUGUGUGGAGGGGGCUGGCCUCAAGGUGCACAUGGCCUGGCACAAGCGUCGUGGUGACGUCACCGCCACUUAGUGGCGAAUGGUGGUUGUUGGAGGGGGCUGGAACAGGGUUUAAUCAGGACAGAAGUCGGGACCAGGCCAGACUUGAGUGUGGAGAGCACGUGGGGGGGUGGCGGAGGGAGCGGGCCAAACGAAGUACGCAUUCGAGAAGGGACAGACCCCACGGCGCCAAGUGGGAAAUGCACACGGGACUGAGCUGGAGAGCGUGACGGGGUGGGCCACCACGCAACGAGAUUGUGGGAGAUUGGUCAGGGAUCAUUUCUCAAGAUUGUGAGGGCGCCCUGCACCCGCAGAUUAAAAAUAACUAAAUAACGAGCACGUGUGGAGGGUGCGCGUGCUGCUUGACUUGGAAGUGCGCUUAAAUUAAAGAGCUAAUGUAUUUGGAUGGUCGUGAAGGGAAGGGAUGAUGCAAAGAGUCGGUGAUGACGAUGCACUUAAGUCAUGUCCAUUCAUAACAGUGAUAUUCUAUUAAAAUCUUGAAAUGCAGAUUUAUGUUUUAGAAUGCAAGACACAACCCAGACAUUAAUCUAAAUUUCGAGUUUUAUAACAAACAAAAAACAUUUAUUUUAUUUGUCUGCUGAAUGAAGCAGUCCUUGUUUGGAUUGGAUACAAAGUGUGUGUCGAUUACAUGGGCUGACUUCUCUUUAAGAAACCUCUUUGUUCUGAGAUGUUCAUCUCUCCAGCAAGCUUGCAGACCAGUUCCAAGAACUACAUGUUGCAUUUUAUGAAAUGCAAAUAUUCAAAGGGACUGAGUAUAGGUACUGUAGAUCUAACUGCAAAAAUAAUUGCUGUGUUUCCAUUACAUUGGUAAUCUUUGUUCACGAAUGGACUUGUUAUUUAAUUGAGAACUCGAUGUUCAUAGAUGGUAUAUAGUCAAUCUUUAAUAUCUUGGGUUUGUGGUGGUAUUUAUUUAGGUUUUUGGACCUUUAUCCAACUGCAUAAACGGCAUUAACAUUUUAAGUCGUUGCAAGUGGUUGUAAUUGUUUUAUUACCAAUUUGUACUUGUAAAACAAUAUAGUAGUACCAGCAUCAUUGCCUAGAUAAUUAUUUGGAAAGGGUUGCUGGGAGAGCAAAUGUCUCAUUUAAAGAAUGACAGAGCCUCUUGAAUAACGGGAUGUUGUAGUUGGUCGGGUACCGUUCGUUAUCGUGAGGGGCUUGUGCAAAACUUAGAAGUACCAUUGUAUCUUUUAUUCUGGGUCGUUACACAUUGAGGCACUGUGUCAAUGCAGAUAUUAAUCACUGCACCCAACACAUUUUUAUUGUAAAGCGCAGUAAAUCCACGAGAAAUGGUCACCGAGCAGUGUAGCUUUAAGCAAUCCAAGUAAGAGAAUAGGCUGGCAAUGCUUACGAAUGCUUCGAUUUAGCAGUGGCAGCGCCGAAUCAAUACACACAUGGACACCCCGUUGAGCAGGAAACAUAGUGAUGUUGUUUUAUGUUUGCUUUCCUAUGUGCUGUACACUGAUUUUGUUUAAAAGAAUAACAACGGAUUGUUGACAAACUGAAUCCUUUUGUGAACAAUGCAUUGACUUGAAUUCUAUCUGUUCGUGUAUAUUAAAACAAACUUUUAAUACAUAGAAUCUGAUUUUCAGAUAUUUUCAGAUUUCAUAGUAAAUAUAAAUAGAGAUCAUAUGCCCCAUUGUGUGUGUGUGUAUUCACAAAAACGGUUAUUUCAUUCAUUUAGGACGUUUAAGAGUACAUGACAUUAAAAGGUUGUUUAAUGAACACGACACUUAUGUACAUAAUGUACUGUUUCAAGUAUCGAAUAUUACACUAAUUGGGAAACUUAUCAUUGAUCCCAUCAAUUCAUUUUAAUCGUACAUAAUACCGCUAGAAUCCCAUGUCUUAGUUGUUUGAAGUGUCUUUAAACGCAUUCUACAUAAUAACGUACAGUAUCUUGUUUUAUGGCAAGUCUUUCCAGCAAACAUCUUUUUAUAUUACCUCUCCCGUAUGUAGUUCAAUUUUUUUCAGAUAUUGUUAAGUGUAGCAUCUAUCAUAGACUAGUUAAUCAACCCCGUAUCUAUUACUAUAUUUAACGUAUCACGGAUUUGAGCUGACUCGGUAUUGUUAGCAUGCUGUUACGCAUAAAUCCCCAGCUUAAUCAUUACUGGCUUUCGUUAUUGAGUGUGCAUACAGUCGAGUUCAUUUGGUGGCAUUGAAUUUCGCAGUUGCGUGCAUUAUUGUUUGUGGCUGACUUCCGCGAGAUUGUGAACACUUUACGUUUAGGCUUGCCAACAAUUGUACAAUAGCGUUACAAUUUUGUACAUUCUGCAUGCACCUGCAGCGUCCAAGACAACUGACUCGAUACAUGCCAAGCUGCUAGAGAGAAUGAUAAUAAUUGUUCGAUAGUUACCGCAACGAAAAAUUGCUCAGUAUCGGUACCCAAAAACUAUGGAUAUGUUAUCUCUUCAAUAUUGCUAAUGCUUAUAAGUAAAGUAAAUAAAUGAAUAAGUAUAAACAAAAAGAAUAAAACUGUACAAACAGUUUGUGCAUUAAAAAAAAGUUUUUGUAAACAUCUGCUAACUUGAAUGUAUUAAACUUAACACAAAGUUGCAUGGUGUAUUUUUUUUGGGGUUGUCCUGAGCUGUUAUUGAUGUCUCUUCACCUCUGUGUCAACGCACUCUCGCUUGUUUUUGCAAAAUAUGCCCAUGUGUCGUAGUUUAAGUAUGAACUUUUGUGACCCGUGUUAAAGAGUUUUAGAUUUAACUCUUGCAAUGAUCAGCUGUGUGGACAUUUGGCAUAAAAACAAGAUCGUAUUACUUGUA